AUGGUUUCAACUAUCCAAAUCAAAUCCAAUGCUCUUCAAAGGCUUCUGAAGGACAAGAAAUUAUACAAGGAAGAACUCAGGGAACACGAGGACACGGUGGCUGAUUUGCAGGGAAAGCUGAAAAUCGACGAGAGUAACGAGGAACUCCAAUAUACACUCAAAAAUGCCAUCAAAAUCAAGGAUGAGACUCAAAGACUAAUACUCAACGUGAACGGUAAGGUAAGGGAAGUUUUGCAAGACCUGAAAGAGUAUGUCGGCUCUCAUCCCGGCGAGAGCUCGGACGCUAUCAAAAAGCUAAUCAUUGAAGCUGACAAAGAGGCUAGGCUUUAA